UGGUAAUGUGAAGGUCAUUGAACCAGCAGUCCCUCGGGCUGUCCUUUGGUGUUUCAUGGGAGACGGUGAAAUCUCCGAAGGACACCCGUCUCAGGGCAACUGGACCAACAUCAAGGGCUUUGUUCUUGGAACUGUGGAGAAUGGCAGGCUUGGCACGAUGUGUUACCGUCUGGCCGCUGCCCUCCCUUCUCACUAUAAAUGCUAGGACAUUUCAACCAUCAGCUGGGCAACGGUUCUUUCAAACUUUCCCUGCUUUAUUGUGUCAAACAGCAAAAGGAGUUCGCUACAAGGAUCUUGUUGUUGGCGUUCCCAAGGAAAUAUACAAAAAUGAGAAGAGAGUCGCUCUUUCCCCUGCUGGAGUCCAAGCCUUAGUUAAGCAAGGCUUUAAUGUACAGUUGGAACAUGGAGCUGGUGAAGAGUCGAAGUUCUCUGAUGAGCAGUACCAAGUGGCUGGAGCCAAAAUUGGGGAGCUAAAAUCUGUGUUUGGAUCUGAUAUUGUUUUAAAGGUCAGAGCUCCGGUCUUAAAUGAAGCAUUGGGAGUACAUGAAGCAACCCUGCUGAAAGAGAAGGCGAUUCUGGUCAGCUUCAUCUAUCCAGCACAGAAUCCAGAUCUCCUGGACAAACUUGCUCAGCGCAAAGCCACUGUCUUGGCCAUGGACCAAGUUCCUCGAGUCACCAUUGCUCAAGGAUAUGAUGCCCUAAGUUCAAUGGCCAACAUUGCAGGGUACAAAGCUGUAGUCCUAGCAGCCAAUCAUUUUGGAAGAUUUUUCACUGGGCAAAUUACUGCAGCUGGAAAGGUUCCUCCAGCAAAGAUUCUGGUAAUUGGAGGGGGUGUGGCAGGCUUGGCUGCAGCUGGAGCAGCCAAAUCAAUGGGAGCCAUUGUCCGAGGAUUUGACACCAGGCCCCCGGCUUUGGAACAGUUCAAAUCCCUUGGUGCAGAGCCUUUAGAAGUUGACAUGGCUGAAGGAGGAGAAGGCGUCGGGGGAUAUGCAAAGGAGAUGUCCAAGGAGUUUAUUGAGGCAGAAAUGGCAUUAUUUGCCAAACAGUGUAAAGACGUGGAUAUUGUUAUUAGCACUGCUCUUAUUCCAGGGAAAAGGGCUCCCAUCCUGAUAACCAAGAGUAUGGUCGAGUCCAUGAAGGAUGGCUCAGUAAUCGUAGAUCUUGCUGCUGAGGCUGGUGGCAAUGUGGAGACCACCCAUCCUGGAGAACUUCACAUUCACAAGGGUGUGGUACACAUUGGUUACACGGACUUGCCAAGUCGCAUGGCUACCCAGGCCACUAGCCUUUAUUCCAACAACAUCUUGAAGUUGUUAAAAGCGAUUUCUCCUAGCAAAGAAUACUUUUACUUUGAGCCAAAGGAUGAUUUUGAUUAUGGGACGAUUGAUCAUGUCAUUAGAGGGACUAUGGUGAUGAAGGAAGGAAAGAAUUUGUUUCCGGCACCUUUGCCUAAAACCUUGCCACCCCCACCCCCAGCUAAACAAAAAACUGUCCAGGAAUUAGAAGCUGAGAAAAUUGCUUCCGUCUCACCAUUUAAAAAGACCAUGACUUCAGCUGGAGUUUAUACUACAGGUCUGACAACUGUUUUAGGGCUGGGCCUAAUUUCCCCUAAUGCUGCUUUUACACAAAUGGUGACCACCUUUGGCCUGGCUGGGAUCAUUGGCUAUCAUACUGUUUGGGGUGUUACACCUGCUCUUCACUCUCCCCUGAUGUCCGUCACAAAUGCCAUCUCUGGCCUUACUGCUGUUGGGGGUUUGGUACUGAUGGGCGGAUCUUACCUUCCUUCAAGUGUACCACAAACAUUAGCUUUACUGGCUGCGUUCAUUUCAUCCGUAAAUAUUGCAGGUGGUUUCUUAAUUACUCAGAGAAUGCUGGACAUGUUUAAGCGGCCAACAGAUCCACCUGAAUAUAAUUACCUUUACGUCCUCCCUGGAGCAGUGUUUGUUGGAGGGUAUGGUGCAUCUCUUGCCAGCGGAUACAGCACUGAACAGAUGAUGUAUCUGGGCUCAGGUCUUUGCUGUGUCGGUGCACUCGCAGGGCUGUCUAGCCAGAAAACGUCUAGACUUGGCAAUGCUCUAGGGAUGAUCGGGGUUGCUGGUGGCAUUGCAGCUACUUUGGGUGCUUUGAAACCAUCACCUGAACUACUGGCCCAAAUGUCGACAGCCAUGGCAAUGGGAGGCACGAUGGGUCUCACCAUUGCGAAACGGAUUGAAAUCUCUGACCUUCCACAGCUUGUUGCUGCAUUUCACAGUCUGGUCGGCUUGGCAGCUGUUCUGACGUGCGUUGCAGAGUACAUGAUCGAAUAUCCACACCUUGACAUUCAUCCUUCUGCCAAUGUUCUCAAAACCGUGGCUUAUUUGGGCACCUAUAUUGGGGGAGUAACAUUCAGUGGUUCUUUGGUGGCGUAUGGAAAACUGCAAGGUUUAUUAAACUCGGCGCCUCUCAUGCUGCCCGGACGCCAUUAUUUGAACGGUGGCUUGUUGGCAGCCUCAGCAGGUGGGAUGAUUCUUUUUAUGCUGGACCCAAGCUAUACUACAGGCAUGGCUUGCCUUCUCGGUGUCUCAGGACUCUCCUCAAUCAUGGGAGUAACCCUGACUGCAGCUAUCGGUGGAGCAGAUAUGCCCGUGGUGAUCACCGUGCUCAACAGCUACUCUGGAUGGGCUUUGUGUGCAGAAGGUUUCCUUCUUGACAACAAUCUCAUGACUAUUGUGGGUGCCUUAAUUGGUUCUUCUGGAGCUAUUCUAUCAUACAUCAUGUGUGUGGCCAUGAACCGAUCUUUGCCCAAUGUCAUUUUGGGCGGAUAUGGUACUUCAUCCACAGCCGGCGGAAAGCCCAUGGAAAUAGUUGGCACACACACUGAAAUUGGAAUUGAUCAAGCUAUUGAGAUGAUCAAAGAAGCUAAUUCAAUCAUCAUUACCCCCGGUUGGGGCCUUUGUGCUGCCAAAGCCCAGUAUCCCAUUGCUGACAUGGUGAAAAUGCUCAAUGAACAAGGGAAGAAAGUCAGGUUCGGCAUCCAUCCGGUUGCGGGCCGCAUGCCAGGGCAGCUGAAUGUUCUGUUGGCAGAAGCCGGUGUGCCUUAUGACGUGGUGCUGGAAAUGGAUGAGAUAAAUGAAGAUUUCCCAGGCACAGACUUGGCUUUGGUAAUUGGCGCCAAUGACACCGUGAACUCCGCAGCCCAGGAAGAUCCGAACUCCAUCAUCGCUGGCAUGCCUGUCCUGGAGGUCUGGAGAGCCAAGCAAGUGAUUGUCAUGAAGCGCACCCUGGGCGUUGGGUAUGCUGCCGUUGACAACCCCAUCUUUUACAAGCCCAAUACCUCAAUGCUGCUUGGUGACGCCAAGAAGACUUGUGAUGCUUUACAAGCCAAGAUUAGGGAAAGCCAUGCUCAUUAAAAUGUUUCCAAUCAGACCAGAUAGGGCACAAUCCAACACUACUGAUUGCACUGAAUGAGUUCAGGACUUUGAGAUCAAUGGAUCUUAAAAUGUACAAUGUGUGCCCUUUAUUGGUAUAAUUCAGAAAGAUUUCUAUAUAGCUGUACCAGGGUAUGGAUGGAAGACAUAGGAGAAAGCCACAUGGCUGAAGGUCAGCACAUCUGGGUUGUUUCAGUGCCUGGAUCGGACACCUCUUGUAUGCUGCCUCGAGUUUGACGGUGAAAGAAAGGGUGGAUGGAGCAAUAAGUAACCCCUCAGAUAUGCAGGUAGGAACACCUGUGAAAAUAAAUGUGAGAAAUGUG